CGCUCUGCUUACACACACUAAAAAUAGCAACAAAAGCAAGCGCGCACACAUACACACACAUAGAGGUAGGCACCUGCGCAUGUAUGGCACACAUUCACGAUCAGAGAGCGACACAGAGUAGAAGAGAGCGAGAGAAAACAGAGCAGUGCGCUCUCUCACUCUCCGUAAACAAGUUUGUAGAACUCGCCAAACCUGAUUUUCCAGCUGUCUCAGAGAGAUUGCAAACCUCGUCAGUUGCAACAAAUUGCUCCUACGCUCCACACGUUGUGAGCGGAACGUUAUUUACCGGAUGGUUGGUGUGUGCCUAAAAACCUGCUGCAGAUUUCGAUAAUAGCAGGCGUUGCCAUAUCAGCGUUCGACUGCGUUAGAGAAGAGCCAAAUAUUGAAAGUGAGAGAAAGAGCAAGAGCGUGGGCGAGAGAGUGAGAGUGAGAGUGCGAGCGCAUGAGAGUUUCCGUUAGCUGUUGCCGUGUGUGCGUGAGCGUGCGGAACAGAGCAAAUGUCUGACGACGACGCCAUUUCACUUGGAGCUGGUUCUCAGCGCAUACGUAACGUCUUGACCCUGGAGGAGCGUGUGGAGGUUAUACGUCAAUAUGAUAUCAUGCCCACGUACAGCAAGCUAGCCAAGAACUUCAACUGUAGCUGGGAGCAGAUCAAGAGCAUUGUCGCCAAUCGGGAGCCCAUUAUGGAAUUCUAUGAGGCGACGCGCCACAACAACAAGAAGCCACCGAAUUCCAAGUUCGAGGAGUUGCGCAGGCGAAAGAUUAAUUUUCUGGGCCAUUGCCUAUAUGAGUAUAUUCAACGCGCUCAGUUCUAUCUGCACGUAGAUAUCAACGAGGAGCUAAUACGUACUAAGGCUCUAGAUUUUCAGACUCUAAUGGGCUUUGAGAACUUUGUGCCCAAUAAGUCCUGGAUCAAUCACUUCAAGGCCGCUUACAACAUCACACUCUCAAAUCGUCAGAUUGUCAUGACACGGAAGCCACCUCGCUCACUGGAUCUCCGGGAUAUAAUGUCCUAUUGUUGCAAGAAUAUGCCAUCGAACUUCGGCAAGUUGCCUGACUUGCCUGCUCCUGCUCAUGUUACGGCCAACAGCACGCAGCCAGCGGCAAUGCCGCUGCAGGGGAGCGUGCCAGCCACAACUGGGCUGGAGGCCGUGCAGUUACCACGAAAGCGCGAUAGCUGUGGAACGGCCAAAGACAUACGCUCCUUGUAUCGCACCAAGACUUUGGUUGAAGCAUCUACUCAGAACCAGGCCACAUUGGAUGAGCUGCAGCUGCGGCGCAAGCGUAAAAUUAACUUUUUGGAAAAGGCGCUGUUCGAGUACAUUUCGCGCUCGCAGCUCCACCACAAAAACAAGGGACGCCUCGAUGUGGAUCACCUGCGCGAGGUGGCGAUCAAUUUGCGCGACAUACUCAAGAUCGAUAACUUCUUUCCGGAUCGCACGUGGUUCAAUCACUUCAAGAGCCAUUACAACUUUAGCUUUUCUCAGGGCGUGCACUACGGCAUGAUGCUGCGCCGAGUGCCCCUCUCUCUGGAUCUGCGUGACAUAGUCAGCUACUGCAGCAGGCACGACCAGCGCGACCAAUCGAUGGGGAACAUCACACUAACACCCAAGGAGCCAGAGUCAGCCCGCUUAGUGCAACUGCCACUGGCGGACCCGAAGCCGGCGGUAUCAUCCAAUGAAUCAAAUAUAGCAGUCGAGAACGAUGAUGACUGCAUAGCUAUUGAUGAGCCGCCUGAAUUAAUCGAGAUCAAGGAUGAUGAUGAGGAGCCAGACAGAACUGAGCUCAAGCGCCACGCUGCACAAGAUUCCAUACCUAGUCUACCUCUAAAGAUACAAAAGAUUGAAUCAUUGAAUCCCGGUGCCCACAGCACGGGUCACUUUUCCGAAGACGGCGCUGAUGCGGAGUCAUUGCCUCGGCGCGUUACUAACUAUAAGGAUGCACUGCGUCUGCUGAAGCCACUCGAAGAGUUUGCACUGCUGGAGGAGAACUAUCGUGCCAUUGGCCUUCUCACUCAGCUCGAGAAGAUCUUCGAGGGUGCAGUGCAACAGGUGCAGAACGACAAAUAGAGUUUUGAUACUUGCAAAUGAGAACUUUAACUGAAAUUCAAACCAA